AUCAGCUGAAUCUGAUCGUGAUGUCACUUUUUGGCAGACUACUUGCCACUGCGUUGUACGUGCCGGUCUCUUGACCGCUUAAAGGUUGCUAUAGGAACCGUUUUCCAACAACAAAAUGUAAUAAUGUUAAUGUAAUAAUGUCAUGUAAUGUAAAUGUAAUAAUGUAAUGUAAAUUUUCCAUAACCAUCGAACUGUAAAACCUACAUAAUUAUGCAAUAUUAUACAUUUAACCAAAAUACUCUAAUUUUGAGUUUCUAGACGUACAUUUUUGCCCCAACAGUGGUUUAGCCAACUAUGUCACUACUGUAAGGGCAGUUAUUGAUUUGAAUUUUGAAACGUCGCGUGGAUUAAGCUGGACACCAACCAGUACCGCCACUAUAAGCUAUUUAUCGUUUCAGUAUUACCUAGUUGGAUGCCAUCCCGUCUACUGUGAACCUUUCCGAAGUUGCACUAGAGUUCCUUUCACACAAUAAUGGCAUCGUCGACAUGUGUCUCACCCGAGCCCGCUGCUUUCGCUAUCCCACCCGAUUGCAUGUCAACAUCGUCGCAGUCCGGCAGUCGGAAACGCGAAAUCAUUCCUCAGCGUAAACAACGAGAAUUCACGCCCGACACACGCAAAGACGACACAUAUUGGGACCGUCGUCGUCGCAAUAACGAAGCGGCAAAACGCUCCCGCGAGAAGCGCCGCCUCAAUGACAUGGUCCUUGAGGCUCGCGUCAUGGAAUUGACCGCCGAGAACAACUGGUUAAAAGCCGAGCUGGGUGCUAUCCGCGAUAAAUUCGGCAUCGCUAAAGAUGCCCCGCCUAUGAUUCCACCCACAGCCGGCGGCAGCGCAGCGCCGGCAAUGCCGGCAUUCAGCCAGAAGGACUACAACAUGCCGAUCGCCCCCAAUUCCCUGCUGCCGCACGUACGCACAUCGCCGGUACAGGUGAUUCCCCACUUUCUCAGUCAACCGCCCAAUCUCAACCGCGGCCUGCCGAUGAUUCGCGCACUGCCCUCGGUGCACGCCUCCAUGCUGAACGGCGCCCAUCCAGCCGCCAUGGGGCACAUGUUCAGUGGAAUUCCCAAUCAGCACAUGUACGCCGUCCAUCCCAAUAUGGGUCCGUAUGGGCGGAUGGCCUGUCAGUCCGUGUCACCCCUCCCACGCUCGUCCUCCAGCGGGAGUCGCAGUCCGUGCGGCUCAGAGAGCGAUCUGCGCGAUAACGGUCCGCCCAGUCCUUCGAUCGCUGCGGUUAGUUCUCUGUUGAAACUGGCCAACAGUCACUUCAAUGGAUUCCCGCAUAUGCCGCGCGAAGAAGACUCCGACGCCUCGGGACCCCACUGCAAGUAUCCCAAGCAGGAUGAGGAGGUGUUCCAUGGCGACAACGAAGCGGUCAAUCAUCUGCCGCUGAAACUCCGUCACAAAGCGCGCAUUGAGUCCAGUUGCAGUCCGCCGUUGCCGCAGAGUGCGCCAAUAAGCUCCAAUAACUCGACGCACGAAGAGGACCACGACGGAUCCGGAUUCAGUGGGGAGGACUCGGCCGUAGAUGUGACCGAGGGUGAUGAAGAAAUGGUCACCCGCAAGCGGAAAGCAUCGGAUAUUGAAAACAUACCUAACCGAAAGAGCAACGGCAGUCUGCAGACGGAAAACGUCCAGUUGCGCGGUGAACUGCAGCGCCUGGCAUCGGAAGUAGCCAACCUAAAGGUCAUGAUGAAGAAAACAGAACCGCCCGCCAAAAAACAACGUAAAUCCCGCAAAUCACGCGCGUAAUCACGCGUUUAGAAGGGGGACGCGACGGCGCGCGGCUGUUGCAUGUAUAUAGUUGCGCACAUUUCAUUAUGUAUUUCAAAUUAAGUGAAAUGUUACAUGGUUUGUGAAUUGUUUUCUCGGUGCCCAUAAUCCGGUUAUCGAAUCUUUUCUAGAUUUGGGAAAUGCUUUGAAAACUCUAAAAUUAACUUUGGUUGACGUAUUCCGGUGUGUACGCUGAUUUCCACUUUUAUCCAUUUUUAAUUUUUAUUGGUUUGUUCUUUGCUUUGAAUUGUGCUAGCACUGAGCACUUCAAAUCAAGGUUUGAUAUCGGUUUUAUUUUUAUUCGUUGGUUAAACGUUGCUUCUUGAGAUUUUGUUGCACAAGCUUUUUGGACCUGUUUGGUUGUUGACUAAUAGUCGUAACGUUAAUGGUUAUUGUUAAAUGUUUCCCAGCUGGUGAGAAAUACGUAAUAAAAAGUUUACACUG